CUAUCAUGAGUUUAAUUUCAUUUGCUGCGGUAUAAGUUAUAGAAAUGAAUUAUCCGAAAUAUUUAAGAAAUAUUUUGUAAAUUUUAAGAAUAAAUUUAUCAAUUAUUAUUGAAUAAAUAAAUUUCUCAUUACAUUAUCUUUGGGUUAAUAUAAAUUUAUGCAUUCAAUAUUUUAUAGACUGCUCCGUUUAUUGUGAUAUCAGAUAACUUUGCAAAGAGAUUGGCUAUCCAUUUAAUAGAAUACCCGUUAUACUCAUCGGAUAUUGUACCGACCAAUUAUAUAUCACUUACUCCAAUCUUUACAAAAUUAACUAAAGGAAUACUUACCAUAAAUACAUACUAAAGGAAUUUUUCGAUAAUAAAAGUGAAUAAUUUUUUGAGAAUGGUAUAAUGAACAGUCAACAUAUUGAUUAUUUAUAAAAGACCAUAUAAUAUAUAAUAUAUAGCAUAUAAAAUAUAGCAAGUUAUGUAUAUAUAUAUAUAUAUAAGAUUUGUAUUUGAAUUUCUUUGUAAAAAACGAAAAGAUUUUUUAACGCACUACUUUCCAUUAAUUUCUAUUAAUUUCCUAGAAAUUCUUGUUACUGUGAAAAGAAAAAUAAUCCUAGCUUGGAACUAGAAUAAUCUGACGUUUAAAAGGGGAUUCCUAAAAUAUUUAUAAAACGAUGACCAUGACAAUGCAAAAAGAAUUUAAAGAUUUACUCAACGACUUUUUAAACAUUUCAAAGCCUUAUAUAGACACUAAAGCUUUAGAAGAAAUUAAAAGUGAAUACUAUUAUCAGAUAAAAUCUAAACGAAAAAUAAGUGGUAUAAAAGAGUUGGAACAAUUAAUUAAAUUAUUAGAGAAAUAUACUAUUAUUUCUUACGACAAUAUAAAACAGUUGUAUUUUAUCAAUGAGACAUACGUUAAAAAAUCCAAUUUAUUAAUAAGAUUAAAGAAAUACGAAAGUGAUUAUAAUCAAGCAAUUUUAUCAAAGUAUUUUCCUCCAAAUUAUAAUAUGUAUCAAAGUGAUAAUGAUGAAGAAACAUUUGAUCAAAUAAGAUGGCCAAAUUCAUUAGAAGAGCUCAGGCAUGAAUCACUAUUAAGUGAAGUACCAGAGCAGUUUUCCAAAACUUCAUAUAACCGGGAAUCAGAGUUGAAGCAAAUGGUGUUACUGAAAGUGAAUGAACAAAUAGGACGUUCAUGGAAACAUAUUUGCAGACGUUUAGGUCUUAAGGAAAAUGAAAUUAAUGAAAUAGAAAAGAAUAAUUCGUCUAAUUUAAAAAAGCAGAGUUAUCAGGCAUUGGAUAUUUGUAUUUCGCAGAAUAAUUCAGACUGGAAAAUAAAUUUAUUACAUGCGCUAGAAAAAGAGAGACGUAAAGAUAUUAAAGAGGUCGUUGAAAAAAUCCUAUUGGAUAAAAAAAUCUAAAAUGUUGUAAAAUAGUGUUUGUAUGAAUGUAAUAUAUAAUAUAUAAAGUUACUCUUUGUGAAAAGGAGUGGGAUUAAAGUGACUAAGAGAUGCAUAUAGCAAUAUAUAUAUUUUUUUUAAAUAUACUUUAUAUAAGAAAGACUUAAAUAUAAUUGUAUGUCAAACAAUUGUGUAAACAUCACACAUCUUUAAUACAUUUUAGAAGAAUAAAGCAA